ACAUUUUAUGUUUUCUUUUUCAUUUUCCCUUUCAAAUUCAAGAGCUAAAAAAGAAAAACCCUUCAAAAAUCAUCAAAACUCUUGCCAAUUUCUGUUACUCUGUACAUCUCUCUGUUUCUGUUUCUUACUAAAUCCUCUUCACAAAAUCGAACUAACAACAAAUUCUAGAACAGAAAGAGUGCUGAUUUUUCAACAAUUAAAAAGUUUGAGAGAAGAAAAGCCAGGGACAGGCACCUCCUCCUGGCUACUUUAUUCGACUAGAAAAUUCCGACGAUUUGUAUUUGAAGAAACGAACAAGAAUGCGUCGAUGGCUUUGCUGUUCAUGUCUGGUUGAGGAUACUUACCAAUCACAUGAAAAUGAGCACUUGAGGAGCCCCAACUAUAAUACAGAAGGGAAUCAAAAGAACUCAAAGGCGGCAGCUCCUCCCAAGGCCGAAGUGCAAAAAUCAGCACCACCUAUCGAAGUGCCUGCAUUAUCAUUGGAAGAAUUGAAAGAAAAGACUGACAAUUUCGGAUCAAAGGCUUUGAUUGGUGAGGGUUCAUAUGGAAGAGUUUAUUAUGCAAACUUGGACAAUGGAAAAGCUGUUGCUGUGAAAAAGCUUGACUCCUCCGAUGCUGAAUCAAAUGUCGAGUUUUUGACCCAGGUUUCAAUGGUUUCAAGAUUAAAGCAUGACAAUUUUGUCGAGUUGCAAGGUUACUGUGUUGAAGGAAAUCUCCGCGUGCUUGCAUAUGAGUUUGCUACAAUGGGAUCACUGCAUGACGUAUUGCAUGGAAGGAAGGGCGUUCAAGGGGCACAACCAGGUCCUGUGCUUGACUGGAUGCAACGGGUAAGAAUUGCAGUUGAUGCAGCAAGGGGAUUGGAAUACUUGCAUGAGAAGGUUCAACCCUCUAUUAUACACCGAGAUAUCAGAUCUAGCAAUGUCCUUCUCUUUGAAGAUUUCAAAGCGAAAAUUGCCGAUUUUAACCUCUCAAACCAGUCUCCUGACAUGGCUGCUCGUCUUCAUUCUACUCGAGUUUUGGGGACCUUUGGCUAUCAUGCUCCAGAGUAUGCAAUGACUGGACAGUUGACACAGAAGAGUGAUGUCUACAGUUUUGGGGUUGUCCUUCUAGAGCUUUUGACCGGGAGGAAACCUGUCGACCACACAAUGCCGCGUGGACAGCAAAGUCUCGUUACCUGGGCUACUCCAAGACUGAGUGAAGAUAAAGUUAAACAAUGUGUAGAUCCAAAACUGAAGGGAGAGUAUCCUCCUAAAGGAGUUGCGAAGUUGGCAGCUGUGGCAGCAUUAUGCGUGCAAUACGAAGCUGAGUUCCGCCCCAACAUGAGCAUCGUUGUUAAGGCUCUCCAACCACUAUUGAAGGCUCCUGCUCCAGUACCAGCACCAGCACCCGAGUCUUAAAACUCAGAUGAGCCCGGUUUCUUCACCUUUUAUCGAAAUUCCAGUAACCUAUACACAGUUUUUAGUAUCAUUGGACUGCAGAUUUCAUCAGAUCACUAAAUAUUUUAUUCGUAUUUCUUUCCAACUUUUCAAAUACGACAUCGACGUGUAGGGUUGAGUUCGACUGUCGCUAGUUUCCGGACCCCAGGUGCUGAAGUUUUUCAAGUUGAAUGAGGGAUUUGGGUUGUCUGGUGAAUAUAAAUGUUACAUGAGUAUAGUUUGCUUUUGUGCUUUUGUGAUGUUUAAGUUAAUACUUACAUAUGUAAAUCUUUUAUGUAAAAAUGUUUUAUUUUGUGAGUUGGAUUACAUGUCUGAUA